ACCAUGCCUGGUCCGACCCUCUGCUUGUGCAGAGCAGGCCCAGUUGCUCCUUAGCCCCCAGCCAGCGGUUCCUGCAGCCCCCUGGAAAAUCAGUCCAAGCAGUCCAGUGGGAAAGGCGGAGCUGAAUCCGUCAGCUGGCUGGAGCCUCGGGUGUACAGAUCAUAGUGUUUCCAGAAGAUGGCAUUCAUGGAUUCAACUUUACAAGAACAUCCAUUUACCCAUUUUUGGACUUCAUGCCAUCCCCCCGGUUGGUCAGGUGGAACCCGUGCCUGGAGCCCCACCGAUUCAGUGACACGGAGGUCCUCCAGCGCCUGAGUUGUCUGGCUAUCAAGGGAGAGAUGUUCCUGGUGGCCAAUCUCGGGACGAAGCAGCCUUGUCAUAACAGUGACCCAGGGUGCCCAGAUGAUGGAAGGUACCAAUUUAACACGAAUGUUGUGUUCAGCAAUAAUGGAACCCUUGUUGACCGCUACCGUAAACACAACCUGUACUUUGAGGCUGCUUUUGAUGCCCCUCUCAAAGUGGAUCACAUCGUGUUUGAUACCCCAUUUGCUGGCAAGUUUGGUAUGUUCACUUGCUUUGACAUACUGUUCUUUGACCCUGCCAUCAGACUCCUUCGAGACUCUGAGGUGCGGCACAUUGUGUAUCCAACCGCCUGGAUGAACCAGCUCCCCCUCUUGGCAGCUAUUCAGAUCCAGAGUGCUUUUGCCAUCGCCUUUGGCAUCAACUUUCUUGCUGCCAAUAUCCACCACCCAUCUCUGGGGAUGACCGGAAGUGGCAUUCAUACCCCUCUGGAGUCCUUUUGGCACCAUGACAUGGAAAGCCCCAGAGGUCACCUUAUAAUUGCCCAGGUAGCCAAACAUCCACUGGGUCUCACUGGUACAGAGAAUGCCACAAGUGAAAUGGACCCAUCACAUAGUAAGUUUCUAGAAGUUGUGGCAGGGGGUCCAUACUGUGAAAAGGACGCCCAGGAAGUCCACUGUGAAGGAGCCGCCAGAUGGAACAUGGAUGCUCUGCCCACAUUUCACUCUGAGAUGAUGUAUGACAAUUUCACCCUGGUCCCUGUGUCGGGGAAGGAAGGCCAUCUCCGGGUCUGUGCCAGUGACCUCUGCUGCUAUUUACUUUACCGGAGGCGCACUUUGUCCAGAGAGCUGUACGCCCUGGGGGCCUUUGACGGCCCUCACACUGUGCAUGGCACUUACUAUGUUCAGGUGUGUGCCCUGGUCAAGUGUGGGGGUCUUGGCUUUGACACCUGUGGACAGGAGGUCACGGAGGCCUCGGGGAUGUUUGAAUUUCACCUGUGGGGGAACUUCAGCACUUCCUAUAUUUUUCCUCUGCUUCUGACCUCGGGGAUGACCCUGGAAACCCCUGAUCAGCUUGGCUGGGAGAAUGACCACUACUUCCUCAGGAAGAGUGGCCUGUCCUCCGGCCUGGUGACGGCAGCUCUCUAUGGGCGGUGGUAUGAGCGGGACUAGGGGACGUGCGGGCUGGGCCCGGGCCCCACGUCACAGCCCUGUUCCGGCGCAGGCUGCAGUGCGCAGGUGCUUGGGGCCCCUCUGCCCCGGAGCUGCCCUUGGAGCUGUGGGAAGAAGCAGGGGAGGUGAUUCCCCUGUGGACUCUCCUUCUUACACAGAUUGUUGAGUCAUUUUCUAGUAUUUCCUACUCGCACUUGUCUUUUUCAGGCCAAAUCUUCCUCCAGGAAGUCUCUCAUUGCACAGUUGGUUUUCAGACUGAAACAAAAAUAAAUGUCAGUUUAUAUUUUACACAACCACAAA